GCGUCGCCCAAUCAAUGCCCAAGUCGUGCUCUUUUCUUGUUCCUCCUGAAAAAAAAAUCUCCUCCCACGCUCUUGUUCGAAUUUUUCUCCUUUCCUUCUUCUUCCCUCUUUCUUUCCUUCUUUUUCCUAGUUUCCUUAUUUCAAAUUCCCAAUUAUGAAUCAAAACAGGACCAAUUUUUCCUAACCCUAACCCCUCUUUCUCCAUCUCACAAUUGCCCAUCUUCACUUCCUCUUCCAACUUGAUCCGCCGGCCUACCUCUGCCGUGCACCUCACCGACUUCUGGUAAAUCUUUCGCUCCCUCUCUCUCUCUCUCUCUCUCUCUCUCUCUCUCAAUUUUGUUCCUCAGAUCUAGGCUUCAAUAUGAUUUUACUUCGUACUAUUUGGAUCCGUGGAUCGUGGCCAUCCGGCUGCAGUUCUCUGCGCGAGAUCUCGAUUCGGAGGCCUACAGAGAAGUCCUAUGGCGGUUCCCAAGCUUGCCUGCCAAGAAACGAGCUGGCCGCUUCUAAUUUUAGCCUUUUCUGUUUCGAAUCUGGUUUGACUUGAGAUACCGGCUCUCUUUCUCCGUUCUCACAGUUUGAACGCGUUAAUUUGUUUCUUAGCUGAAUUUUUGAAUUUCAUAUCGACGGUGACCUAAUUGGUCUUCUUCUUCUUGUUGUGCAGGGAAAGAAAUUUUGUGGAUAGGAAUCAAACAGUUCGUGACAGCUAUUAGAGUUCAAGUAGAUAGUAAAGAAGUAAGAUGAGCCACUUUGUGAUCCAGCAGAGUGCUUUCUCGAGGAGGGAGCGGACCUCCGCCGCAGCUCCAAUCUCCGAGGAGCGACGGGAGGCGGCGGUUGUUUGUCCUAAGCCACGGCGUCUCGGUCUGUUCGCCGACACUGCCAACGACCACCCGCUUCGAUCUCUCAGAUGGCAGCUCGGCCACCAAGCGGAGAUCUGCGAUUCAAAAGCAGGAAACGAUCUUCUCGACAUCAUCCUUGCUAAGGGUGAUGGUAAUGUUGGCAGGGAGCAAUCAUAUCCACAACGAGUAGCGGCGUCGCCCCCUUUUUUCUGUGGGUCGCCGCCGAGCAGAGUAGCUAACCCAGUAAUUCAGGAUGCUCGAUUUGGAGGGGAGGAAGAGGAGGAUCUACUGUUUUUGACCCCUUUCUCGCCGCCUGUUCCCCCUCCGUCAUCGUUUUCGUCUCCAAGGAAAGGCGGUGGAUGCAUUGUCCGGUCGAAUUUUGGGAACAAACCGGCGGUGAGGGUGGAAGGUUUCGAUUGCCUCGACAGGGACAGCAGGAACUGCAGCAUCCCUACCCUGGCAUAGACAGAGGUCCUUCAUAACCCACUUCCCUCUCCUCCACAAACUGAAAAACUUUUGGUACAUAUAGGGCUAAAAAGGUUUAAUCAAUAGAACAGGAAACAAGUCAAGUGAAACACAUUUGGUAGUCGCAACGAAGAGCUCAGCAGCAAGCAGCAAGCAGGCCUUUUUGGUUUGUUCAUAGUUUCUCUCAGCAGGGUAAGAUCAGACGAAUCCUUUUUUUAGUUUAUGAUAGUGUUGGUGUAUAUAUCUGUGCGAGAAGGAAGGGUCAGUUUUUGUAUGUAAAUGCCCAUCAGAAAGUGUCAUUGUGAGUAAGUAGAAGCCAUUUUCAUUGUAGAAUAAGAGAUGGACAUUGGAGGGGGCAUUUUCCCAUAAUCCUUCACAAGUGGUUCCUCUUUUGUUACUUUGGGUUGCUGAGUGCGUCCUCUGAGGCGGUGAAGAAGUUCGAUCUGUACAAAUAGGACAUGGUUAAUCAAUCUGGAGUGUUUUAUACUAUAAUGAAUGUAAAUGGGGAUCCCUUUUUUUGGGUAAUGAAUGUAGAUAAUACAG